AUGGCUACCCCUAGUGUCCUCCCCUUUGACGCUGAGGGUCGGGCCAUUGACUUUGAGGUCUGGGUAGAUGACCUGCAGCUGUUCUUACAGUGCGAUAGGGCAGACGGCCUCUCUCUCUUUGACCUCACCUCUGGCGCUUCCCCUGCCCCUGCUGCUGAUGCUGACGCCACUGUUCGCUCCCAGUGGGCCACGCGCGACACUACUGCACGUCUUGCUGUGCGUCGCCACCUCCCUACCUCCGAGCGUGCGCACUUUAGUCAGUACAAGAGUGCUCAGACCUUGGGUGUUCCCCCUCCCCCCUUCUGCCCUCUGUUGCCUCUGCUGCUGCGGCCGACUUCCUUGGUCUUGAGUCGGUCGGUGCGGCAUCUGCCCCUAGCGGGAGACGCCGCCCUGGCAAGGGCAAGGGGGGCAAGGGCGCUGGAGGAGCGAGCGGGGGCGGUGGAGGUGGAGGUGGCGGCGGUGGGGGGAGUGGGGGUGGCGGUGGGAGUGGCGGUGGGAGUGGCGGUGGGGGUGGAGGGGUCGGUGGCGGCAGUGGAGGCGGAGGUGGCGGCGGCGGUGGCGUUGGGAGCGGAGGUGGCGGAGGUGGCGGCGGUGGAGGCGGAGGCGGAGGCGGCGGCAGUAGCGGAGGUGGCGGAGGCGGCGGAGGCGGCGGAGGCGGCGGAGGCGGCGGGGGUGGCGGUGGUACUGGUCGCGGGUCUUCGCAGAGGAGUGGCUCCGAUGGUGGCACGCGCCAGCAGCAGCAGUGCGGUCGUGAGACCCUAUCCCCUCAGUAGCUCCGUGAGUGGUACACUGCGCGCCAGCGGGGUGGGGGUUUUGGUCCGUGCUCCUACGUUUUGCGCAUCGGCAACCGUGCGGGUGAGCAGUGUGGGGGAGCCCACCCCACCCAGCGCUGCUUUGGCCGCCUGA